UAGUCCCCUGAGGAAGCCUUUGCACUCUCCCAAAUCCACUCUCUCUCUCUCUCUCUGAUCCAUCCAUCCUCCCAAUCUCCUCUAUGAGAAUCCGGAGGAGACUUCCCCUCCCCCCCAUCUCCUCUCCUCCUCCUCCUCCUCCUCAAAUCCCAGAUCCAUCUCCCUUUCAACUCCAAACACCAAAUAAAGGAGAGGAAACAAAAGAGAAGGGAGUUGGAGGAGGUGAAGGUGAAGGAUUGCACCCAGUUGGGGAUCUACCAAUAGAUUCCCAUGGAUGGGUGAUGGAUCCCAAUAAUAGGGAUCCAUCCACCUAUGGCCCUCAUCCAACUAUAGGGAGGAGCAAACAAGGGAGCAACCCAACCUUGUUUCCUCCCACCCUCAGCCAUGCCCAGGUCUUGAAGGAGGUCAAGGAGGAGGAGGAGGAGGAGGAGGAGAUGGUGGAUUCCAACAAGAGAUGGAACACCCAAGUUAACAGUAACAAGAGGAUUGGGAGCAGCUCGAGUGCACUGCUCUCGGUGGAGGCGGCGCUCCUGCCAAAGAAGAGAGGAGGAGGAGAAGGAGACGAUGAUAACAGGAAUAUCGGAUAUGGGAGGCGACAAGAGAAGCCGGUGGGGAAAGAGAAGACACCGAAGUCAAAGGGAAGGGCCAAGGCUAGCAGUCAAGUGGAGAAUAAUUGCACUACUGUUCAUGGUGGUGAGAACAAGAGAGAUGAUGUUGUGAUGGUCAAUGGGAAUGUUGGAUCUAAUGGGAAGAAGAGGAGGAGCCCGGCGGUGCUGAUGGAGGGUUCGAGGUGCAGCCGAGUAAAUGGGAGGGGAUGGCGGUGCUGCCAGCAGACGCUCGUAGGGUAUUCCCUCUGCGAGCACCAUCUGGGGAAGGGGAGGCUGAGGAGCAUGAGCGGUGUGCGAGUCCAAGCCGGUAGUAGUAAGACCAAGAAGAGCACCGCCGAGGGGGGAGCGGAUGGAUUGGUAGCGUUAUUAUCUUCUUCACCACAAGAAGAGGAGAAGGUGGCGAUCGACGUCAAGCCGUGCUCCGGAGUCGAUAAUGGAGAGGAAGAAAUGGAGGAGGAGAAGCAGGUGAGGAAGAGGAGGAAGAAGAUUGGAAUGGUGAAGGCUCGAACCAUCAGCAGUUUGCUCGACGAGACCAACCACUCAUUGCAAUCCACACCAUCACCGUCACCACCACCGGCUCCGAUACAAUCGGUCAAUGAGGGUGAGACCAUUGUGUGAGAUGGAGCAAUUGGAACUACUCUACUAGUUCUUCCUUCUUACAGCAAGUUUGAAAACGGUGGAAAGUGGGUGAUGGUGCAUGGUAUAUAUUCUGGUUCUAGACUUAUGAGUGUGCUACAUUUUAUGUUGAAUUUUUGGUUAUUUGGUUCUUUUGGAGAGAAGAAGAUGGAUUGUAAUGUGGCUUGUGAAAGGUAGUGUAGUUUAGUUGGCUUUGUUUCUUCCAA